UGUUUAAAUAAGCUGAAGUGAAAAAUUACAGCAAAACUGGUUAUAGAUAUUGCCCAUGAUUGCAUUGAAAAAAAAAAUUGUAAAAACAAGUGACACGAGUAUCGAUGAACAACAAAAAUAAAAAUUUGUGAUUUUUUAAACAAUUUUAAUCUAGAUAUAGCCCCUUCAUAUUAUAAAAAUAUCCAUUGUGAUAUGAUUAGUAAUAGUUGUAUAAAAUGUUGAUCUUUCUUAUCCCAACUUCAAUUGUUUUAAUAUCAUCGAACUUGAUCGCUGUUGCUAUAUGUGGACCAUUAGACUGGGCAAAAGUUGAAGUUCCUUGGGCUCAAGCUGAUAGAAUACCAAUUGAUGUUAACUUGCCUUGGUUGCCAUUUGAAAACGAGACACGAUGUUACGGAGAGAUUGGCUGUUUGAAUAUUACAAGAGAGUGGUAUCAUUUGAUUCACCGGCCAUUUAACGUGUUUCCAUUACCUCGAAAUGUGAUUAACACAAAGUUUAUCUUGUACACUGAAAAUAAUCCUAACGUUGGCCAAAUAUUAAAUCCUGAAGACAAGGACAGUAUUCUUGAUUCCAAUUUUAAGUCUAAACAACAAGUGAAAUUCAUCAUUCACGGUUUCAUUGAUACGCCGCUUUCAAAUUGGGUAUCCGAUAUGAAAAAUGAAUUACUAGAAUACUCAAAGCAAAAUGAGGUUGGAAUGUUAGUAAUAGUUGUUGAUUGGGCUGGUGGAUCGCUUCCUUUAUAUACACAAGCAACAGCCAAUACAAGACUGGUAGGAUUAGAGUUAGCAUAUUUAAUUCAAAAGCUUAUUGAUGAACAUGGAUUGCAACCAGAAGAUGUUCAUUUAAUUGGACAUUCUUUAGGAGCACAUUUAUCAGCUUAUGCCGGUGAAAGAGUUAAAAAUAUUGGAAGAAUAACUGCACUUGAUCCUGCUGAACCUUAUUUUCAAGGUAUGCCAACAAAUGUGAGAUUAGAUCCGUCGGAUGCUUUAUUUAUUGAUGUCAUUCACACAGAUGCAAGAAGCUUUUUCCUUCUCGAAAUUCCUGGUUAUGGAAUGUCGCAACAAUGUGGACAUUUAGAUUUUUAUCCAAAUAACGGAAAGGAGCAACCAGGCUGUGCAUUAUCUCAGGAAAGUAGUGCUUUAAUUCCACUUACUCUAAUUAAGGAUGGAAUUGAAGAAGCUAGUCGAGUUCUUCUAGCAUGUAAUCAUGUUCGUGCAGUAAAACUUUUUAUUGAUUCAAUCAAUGGCAAUUGCUCCUAUGUUGCACAUCGAUGCCCAUCAUAUCAGCAUUUCACAGCUGGAAAAUGUUUCAAGUGUAAUUCAGGAAACUGUGCCCUAAUGGGCUAUCAUGCAACGCUUCCAUAUGCCAAUACUCAAAAUGAAAAUUCCAAGCAAACUGAAAAUGAUAUAUUAUCGGACAGUUAUCCUAUUGUUCCACAACCUGGAAAAUAUUUUCUUAUGACAGGAAAAGAUCCAUAUUGUCAACGUCAUUACAGAUUUAUUAUCGAACUUGCCAAACCAAGGGUUGCUGAACAAUGGGUACAAGGAUUCCUGAGUGCAGGACUUUUCAGUGAACGUGGGAAAAAUCUAAGAAAUCUAGACCUUACACCCAAAGGUACUCAGAGAUUUGAACAUGGUAAAUCUUAUAUAAUUGUUGUUACAAACGCAAAUGAGCUAGCUGAUCGAGUUAAUAAGGUUGAAUUGAACUGGUCUCACGAGAUGAAUGUAUUGGAACCUCGGACAUUGUGUCUUUUUUGGUGCAAUGAUCAUUUAUACGUAAAAUCAGUAUCUGUUGAUAUAAUGCAAAUGCCUUCUAGAGAGAAACGUGACAUUGAAAGAUCUAAUAAGCUUUGUCCGAAACAAGAGUAUGCUGAUAUAAGAUCACUUGGUCGCUCCGUUUUUUAUGAUAACAGUUGUAAAAGGUGACCCUUUAUCAUAAUUUAAAAGUACAAAUGUAAUUUCAUAAAAGCACUUAGGAACAUUUUUAUUAGAACAUAUUCAGUUCCAUUGAAAUGCAAUAGAAGUAGAUUAAAAAAUUAAUUUUAAAUUAAUGGUUCUGAAAGUUUAUCCAUUAUAAUGAGAUUUUAUCAAAUUGAAUUUUUUUUUAAUGAAAUUUUAAUCUAUUUAAAAAUUAUUUAAGACUUUUUGAGAUUAUUUUGCUUAUGUUGAUAAAGAUAAGCUAGAAAAUAUGAAAUUAAUAAAUAAAUUUGUGUGAU